AGCCUACAGUGACAGUAUCCACGGGGCGACUCUCUCACCACACGCUCAAGUUCAAGCUCCACCACAACAUCUGGCCGGGGACACGCGGACGCACCUCCACCACCAUGCCCACUGUGUCCGUCAACAAGGAGGCCCUUUUCAAGAAGAUCGGCCGCUCCUACACUGAUGAAGAGUUCGAUGAGUUAUGCUUCAAGUUUGGCCUGGAGAUUGAUGAUGUAGUGGACGACACUGAGACGGGGGUGUCCUUCAAGAUAGAGGUUGGUGCCAAUCGCUAUGACUUGCUCUGUAUUGAAGGAAUCGCUCGCAGUCUGCGCAUUUAUCUGGGCCUCGAGUCUCCCCCGAGGUACCAGUUGUUGCCAGCCAAGGAACCAGAGAAGUACAAGCUCAUCGUGAAGCCUGCAGUUGCUCAGGUUCGUCCGUAUGUUGUUGGUGCUGUCCUACGCAACAUCAGGUUCACCCAAGCUGUGUAUGAUUCCUUCAUCGACCUCCAGGACAAGCUACACCAUAACAUAGCUCGGAAACGUACUCUUGUGGCUAUUGGCACUCAUGACCUGGACACCAUCACUGGACCAUUCAUUUAUGAUGCACAGCCACCCAAGGACAUCUCUUUUGUGCCUCUGAAUCAGACUGAAGUGUUCCGGUCUGAUGUUCUGCUGGAGAAGUAUUCACACGACCUCCACCUCAGGGAUUUUGUGCCCAUCAUUAAGGACAAGCCAGUGUACCCGGUGAUCCUGGACCAGAAAGGUGUUGUCCUCUCGCUGCCUCCUAUCAUCAACGGCAACCACUCCAAGAUCACCCUUAACACCCGCAACGUGUUCAUUGAAUGCACUGCUACUGAUCGCCACAAGGCUCAGAUUGUGUUGGACACCUUAAUUUGCAUGUUCUCAGGUUAUUGUGAGAAACCCUUCACAGCAGAACCUGUACAGGUUGAAUAUCCUGAUGGAGAGAAGAUACAGUACCCCACCCUGCAGUACCGCCAACAAGAGACUUCAGUUUCCUAUUGCAAUAUACUGACAGGAGUGGAGGAGAGUGCAGAGAGCAUGGUUGCUCUCCUCAAGUCCAUGAGCCUCUCAGCCAAGCCAGCGGGACCAGACACACUCAUGGUUGAAGUGCCUCCCACAAGGUACGACAUUUUACACGCCUGCGAUGUAGCUGAGGAUUUUGCUGUGGCUUAUGGGUUCGACCGCCUCAGGGAUGACAUGCAUAUGCCCUCCACCAACACUGUUGGCCAAGAGUUUGAGCUGAAUUAUCACAGUGAUAAAAUGAGGUUAUUGCUGUCUCAGAAUAAUUACAUCGAGGUUGCUACAUUUUCUUUGUGUUCCAAGUCAGACAUGGGAGAGAAAAUGAAAAUCAAUUUGGAAAAGGAGCAGUUUGUAAGAAUCGGCAACCCUAAAACUAUGGAGUGUGAAGCCCUGCGCACCAGCCUUCUCCCGGGGAUCCUGAAGACGGUGGCGGCCAACAAGCACAUCUCGCUGCCCUUGCGCAUGUUUGAGGUUGCUGAUGUGGUAGUAAAGGACAGCUGCCCCAUUGCCACUCAGGGCACCGGGGCACGCAACAAGCGCCAUCUGUGUGCCAUCAACUACAACGUGAGGGCUGGAAUGGAGGUGGUUCAGGGACUGCUGGACAACAUCAUGAUAGCCCUCAAAGUGCCUUUCACAGAGGAGGGGUCACUCCAAGGGUAUUACUUGGAAGGAAAAGACUACCCCAGCUUCUUCCCUGGCUUCAGUGGGGCGGUGGUGGUGAAUGGGACGCAUGUGGGUUGUGUGGGGCUUAUCCACCCAGAGGUCAUCACCAACUUCAACCUCAACAACCCUGCUGCUGUGCUGGAAAUUGACCUUCAAAAAGUUAUGGAACUGACGGAAUUUGGCCACUAACAUUGAGAGGACUAGAUGCAAUCUUGAUCUCCAUUCCCUGAGUCUUAUCUAUCAUGGAGUGAUAGGCGUUUAAUGAAAAAUUGUUACUUAUCAUUAUGUUAGUAUUUCAAAACUUGAAAUUAAAGUUGAGUAACAGAAUAAUUAAAAUUUAGUUUCUUAUUUCUUGAAAUUUUAUCUUGAAAGUUUCUCCAGUGAUUAAAGCUGUUUAGUAAAUAAUCUAGAAAUCAGAUUUCAGUGGUUAAUUUCAAUCAAUUAGAGCCCCAUCACACCUUUGAAGGGUGACCAAAUUUCAAUGACCAAAAGAUAUGGAAGUUUAAUGGAGCUGAAGUGGUGAUAUAUUUCAUUGAUUUACACAAGAUUGGGAAAAACAUGAAAAAGAUUUCCUUGUCAUCACUUGCCAUGAACAUAUAGUAGGUAAUUUGUUGGUAAUAGCUUGUGUUAAUAUACAUUGUGUUAUACAAUUGAUUUCAGUAUUUUCCAAAGAAAUUUUAUAAUUGUUAUUUAUAUGUAGUUAUUUUGGGGUAUAUGAUGUGCAAGUAAGAUUUAUUUAAUCUUGAAUGUGUGAAAGUUUUAUAUAUAAAGUAUUUAUGAAA